UGAAGUAUGACAAUAUUGAACGUAACGGAACUUAAGUUUAUCUUAUCCUAGUAGUAGUUCAACUAGGAUACGAGCUAGAAACGACAGAAAUGGCAUCAUUUAGUAUCACCGCAAGAUGUUGAGACGCUUUAUGAUGGCAGCUGUCGGAAAAGUGAAAGUUCCAUCCUCCUUGGAGCGCCCACCCUCGGCUAGCACAGCCACAGCUGGCCACAGGACCCAGAUCCGGGCGUUCCAGACCAACUCCAGUCCUGUGUACAAGACUCAGUCUGAUACCAACAUCACAGCCAGGAUGAAGGGUCUCUCUAUCAAGGAUAAAGUCAAUAACAAAAGUCCACAGAAAAAUGGUCGGUCCUUCAUGAGUACAGUUGGGGGAGCAGGGAACAUUCAAAUCAAGGCGCUGAAUGAUGUGGCCAAUCUUCUGAAAAAUGAUGCCUGUAAGAAUGUGGUGGUUGUGGCAGGGGCUGGUAUCAGUACACCAAGUGGCAUCCCAGACUUCAGGACCCCAGGAACAGGACUGUAUGACAACCUAAAACAGUACAGGAUACCCUACCCAGAGGCUAUCUUUGAUAUUGAUUAUUUCCAUCACAACCCUAAACCAUUUUUCACUUUGGCCAAGGAACUGUAUCCCUCUGGAAAGUACCGUCCAAACUACAUCCAUUACUUUGUUAAGCUGUUACAUGACAAGGGAAUGUUACUCAGGAUGUACACCCAGAAUAUUGAUGGACUUGAACGAUUGGCAGGGUUACCAGCUGAGAAACUUGUGGAGGCCCAUGGGACAUUUGCAUCUGCUACCUGCACAAUUUGUGGUUAUCUACAUGAAGGUUCAGUGGUCAAGGAACCUGUGUUUCAGGACAAGCUACCCUUGUGUAAGAGGCGUGGCUGUCCGGGAAUCGUUAAACCAGAUAUUGUGUUCUUUGGUGAGGAUUUACCCAAACGAUUCUACUUCUAUCUGAAGGAUAUGUUACAAGCUGAUCUAGUCAUUAUAAUGGGGACAUCUUUAGGGGUCCAGCCAUUUGCUGGUAUUGUGGACACAGUCAGAUGGACAGUACCUAGAGUUCUGUUCAACAUGGAGGCUGUAGGACCAUUUAGACAUAGUAAACGUGCCAAGGACAUAGUAGCUGAAGGUGACCUGAUCAAGAGCAUGCAGAACUUCACAGAGAUGGUUGGUUGGAAAGCUGACAUAGAAGAUCUCAUCAUCAAGUCUGAAGGAGUCCUCAAAAUUUGUGAUGCUGAAUUUUUGAAAAAUACUGCUAAGCGUAUGAUGGAAUAUAGAAGAAAAAAGCCACCAGCUCCUGUAAGAAAUACUUUUUUCCGAUCAAGUGCCGUGGAAUCUGAUUCAUCAUCAGAGUCUGAAUCAGAUGAAUCAAGUGAUUCUUCUUCAGAUGAUGAUAUACCUCGUAGGAGAAAAAACAAAAAGUUGGCAUGGAAUCGGACUCGAAAACCAACAGAUUAUGGCAAAAACGGAAUAUCAAACAGUAUUCAUAGCAAUGGUGCACGUUGUAAUGGUGUCCCUGUUGAUUUAAGAACCAAUAUAAAUGGUAACAAUAAUGAUGGAUCGAGAAACUACAGCACAGCAUCUGCCCCAACAUCCUCAAGGAUGGACAAAAAUGGGGCUAAUGUUAUACCCAACAAUAAAGCGCCUGUCAUUAUGAUGCGGAAAAAGGCUGGCACGCCAAGUGGCACAAGUUCAAAUCCCGGUAUAAAAUUAGAGAGUGGAUCAGGUUCUGUUCCAAACAGUACUUCAGGUGUCUCAAAGAAAAUGCAGGCAAGAAUUCGUAGGAGUACAUCAGACAAAUUAUUUGGUACAAAAACUCCAACAGGGACAAGUUCUAGUUCAAAAACACCUACUGGUUCAAAGACGCCUGUAAAUACCAACAAUAAUGGUGACAGACGUUUACGACCUUUGACAGGCAAAGGUAAAAGGUCACCUAAACCUGGUGCAGACCAAGGUAACAAACAGACUAUUGAAAAUGGGAAGAGUGACAAACAGGAAUAUGUUGAUGCAGAGGCAAAAGAAAACAAAGUGAUAGUGAACGAUGGUAAGCCUCCUCUACCUAAAAAAGUGACAGCUACCAAGGAGCUCAACUCCCUUAAUGCGAAACCAUAUGGAUUUUCAACUCCACGAAAACUACCAGGGCGACCAACCGUGGCUUCCAAUGUAAUCGGAGGGCCAAAGCCUAAUCCUCCAAGUUUUUAUCAAGAUAUGUUAUCAGGCAGGACAGAUAUUCCAAAAAUAUCCUACCGACAUCGAUUACAGCCUUCUAAUACAUAUGAUGCAAGAAUAUUUUCAUAUAGGGGUGCAAUUUCAUCUUCCUCGGAGGCAGAAUCAGAUAGCGACUCUUCAGACUCGAGGUGACACACCAGUAUGUAAUGGAUUAAAGUUUAAAACAUUCCCUUUGGAGUGAUCAAAUAUUGCAUAUUCAUUUCUCCUCAUUGUCCAUAUCUUGAAAAGUGCCUCCUGGUGGCAUUUGUGGUACUUCUUGGCUCGUAUACUCACAUCCUACAGAUGAUAAAAAUUCAAAUAAGAAGCAUUUUUGCUUAUGAAAGGAAGACAUGUGGAAAACCAUAUUUAUGUCAUCAUUCAUUUAAUUAUACAUGCAACGUUUAGUGAAGGUUUAUGGUGAAAAUUUUACGGGUACAAAUGUGAGUAUGUUCUAGCAUUAUUUAGUCUACCAGUAAUGAAGUAUUUAUAAUAUGCAUCACCUAGUCAUUUUGUAGUUGGUCUUCAUUCAUACAGGAUAAAUUUCAUCCAGAUUUUUUUUGUUUAAAAUUUGUGUCUCUUGUCUUACGUUUUAGUAAGGUCAACAAGCUUAAAUAUCAGACGUUUGAAAUAACAAAACAUCUAGACCAGGAAACUGUUCAAAUUAACCCUGUGUAAUCCUGACCAAUGUUAUGUAUAGGAACUGAAACCUCUAGUAGUAUACCUUGUUUUUAUACCUGAAAUCUCUGGUUCUCUGACAGUAUAUGUUUUUUAGACCUGAAAUCUCUGGUUCUCUGACAGUAUAUGUUUUUUAGACCUGAAAUCUCUGGUUCUCUGACAGUAUAUGUUUUUUAGACCUGAAAUCUCUGGUUCUCUGACAGUAUAUGUUUUUUAGACCUGAAAUCUCUGGUUCUCUGACAGUAUAUGUUUUUUAGACCUGGAAUCUCUGGUUCUCUGACAGUAUAUGUUUUUUAGACCUGAAAUCUCUGGUUCUCUGACAGUAUAUGUUUUUUAGACCUGAAAUCUCUGGUUCUCUGACAGUAUAUGUUUUUUAGACCUGGAAUCUCUGGUUCUCUGACAGUAUAUGUUGUUUAGACCUGAAAUCUCUGGUUCUCUGACAGUAUAUGUUUUUUAGACCUGAAAUCUCUGGUUCUCUGACAGUAUAUGUUUUUUAGACCUGAAAUCUUUGGUUCUCUGACAGUAUACUUUUUUUAGACCUGAAAUCUCUGACAGUAUAUUUUGUUUCCUUCAUCACUACAAUGUGGUGGCUGUACAGGAUUAAAUACUUCAUGGCUGACAAUGUUUUCUUUACCAUUAAGGUGGCUUAAUUGUCUGUUAGUCAACAGGUAUGAUUUCAAGAUGAG